AUGUGGGAGAGGAUUUCUGAUUUUUAUCACGAAUAUAAGAAACCACAUAAUGUGAACCGUUCGGUUGGAUCAUUGAUCAAUCGUUGGUCCAUGAUCCAAAAAUGCACAAAUAAGUUUUGUGCAUAUCUAGCACAAGUUGAGUCAUUGCACCCGAGUGGUGCAACCGAGCAAGAUAAGAUUGAAAGAGCAAAAAUAUUGUACAAAGAGAUAGAACGAGGGAACUUCACAUUAGAGCAUUCUUGGAAUCUUUUGAGACAUCAACCCAAAUGGCAUCAACACAUGAAUACGCUGAAUACGAGGAGAAAGCCACACGAUAGACAACUUUCCAAUGAGCAGUCAAGUGAAGUUUUGGGCGAUGUUGUGGAGGAGAAUGUUGAAAGGCCUGCUGGAAAAAAGACUGAAAAGGAAAGCUUGAGGAAGCGGAAGGCACAAGAAUCAUCUGAUGCUGAGUUCGACAUGGAAUUAGGAGCAAUGACCGAGGAUAGACGAUUGUUCAUGGCGGAGAGAAGAGAAUGGCAGACGAAGGCUGAUCGCGAUAGAGGUGCACAACUGGAGCUUGAUAAAAGAAAGUUCGAGGCUGAGAUGAUGAGCAAGGAUCUUUCUGGUAUGAAUGCCAUGCAGCAAGCCUACUUCCAUAAAGUUCAGGAAAAAAUUUGA